UAGGAGGUGUCAGCGCAUGUCAUACCGGAAGUCAUCGCAACGUGCUCCCCGAAUAAACGUCAACAUGGAACUCGAAGUUGACGAAGCAUCAAAAUCACUAGUAGCGUCAUGGUUCUCGGACGAAAGCGUCGACUCAGAGCCUGAAGACAUUCCAUCAAAAGCGAAGAAGAACAGGAAAAAGGCUAAAGAUGAAAAAACAAGAUCUCCAACUGUAAAAGAGAAAAUCAGCAAUGGAAUUAAGCAAUCUUCACCAUCCAAAGGAUCACAAUCUACAAAGAACAUCAGCAGUGUGUCAUCAUUUGUGGAGGAAAAACUGAAGAAAAAACUGAAAAAGUCUCAACACAUUAAAGAUGAUGAGAACAAAGAAACUGAGAAGAAAUUCACAGGUAUGAAGAAGAAGAUGUCUACAGGUGAUAGUAGUGAUGAUGAGGAGAGUAAAUCUGCAUUGGUGGCUAAGAAGUCCCCCAACCAGACUCCAAUACAGGCACACACAGUGGAGAGUCUUCAACAAAAACUACAGGACAACACUUUGUCAAAUACUGCCAAGAAAAAAUUGAAGAAAAAACUCAACACACUUUUAAGCAAUGAAAAAGAAGGUAGUAAAUCUACUGAAAAGCAAACCGAAAAACACAAGAGUGAAACAAAUGUUACCAAGAAAAAUAAAGAAAAAGGAGAGAAGGGUAAAACUGAGGCCAAGCUUGUGAAUGGAACAGGCAACAAAGGAGAUGUCAAGAGUGAUAUCAGAGGGGACAAUGAGGGGAAGAAAGUUAAAACAGAAAAGAAACUGAAGGAAAAACAGAAGAAACAACCUAAAUCAGAUAAAACUAUUGAAUCAGUGGAAACUCCUAAGUCUAAAAAGAGACAGAAGGAAGAAAGUUCCUCUGAUGAGUCUGAUGAUGAUAAUCAAGUGGUAACAAAGAAACCAAAGGUCAAAAAGUCAGAAAAUUCUGGAACUCCAGACCGUUCCAGACACAGCAUAGCAACUUUAGAACAGAAACUUAACGUCACCACUUCAAAGGUGGCCCGUAAAAAUAUCAGGAAGAAGAUCUCUGAAUUGAAAGCAAGACAGCAAGCUGGAUCAACCCCCAAAUCUGACAAUAGUGAGAUGCUGAAUGUAGCGUCAGACAGCAGUGAAUCAGAAGAUACAAAUGUCUCCAUGGAGCCUGCUAAAAAGAAAUCAAAGUCAACCAAUUCUCCUGUGAAGGAAUCUCUCCUUGAUAAGCUGAAAAAGAUCAAGAGUCCAUCAUUAGAAAAGGCUGCUAGCAGUUCACAGUCUAAGACAGUCAUCUCUAAGAAAAGAUCUGCAGAAGAUGCAAGCAUAGAAAAUGACUCUCCAUCUAAAUCGAAGAAAAAGUCAAAAGUCCAAACAGAAGUCGGUGGUGCUCCUCAGAGUCCGGUAAAAAGUAUUGAAGAAAGACUCGCCCAUUUUAAUGAGAGACUCCAAGAGGAAGGCCUUUCUGCAGCAUCAAAGAAGCGAAUUAGGAGGCAAAUAAAAAAACUCGAGACAGAAAGUUCUGAAACAGAAGACACUACACCACUCAAGAAAACCAAAACAAAAAAGGCAGGAAAGGCAGACUCUGCAACAAAAGUAGGUAAAACUAAAGAUACAGAUUCAGUGGCAGUGGUGUCCAAAAAGAAAGAUCCAUCAUCAAAGGCAGCUAAGAUAAAAAAGACAGAUUCUCUGAAAAUGAAAGAUAAGAAAAAGACAAAGAAAACAAUGAAGGAGAAGAGAUCCUCAGAUGAGGAAGACAUGAUGAAGGAAACAGAAGGAUGGGAGAGUGAUGAAAACUCGGCUGAUAACAGUGUUUUGGAGGAAACACCAACAAAGAAAAAGAGAGUCAAGGAGGGACACAUCAGGAAAAGGGUAAAGAAAAGGAGUAAACAAAAGAACAUCAAGAAGGAUAACAGACCGGAUCACAUGAAACCACCUCACUUAAGGACGGCAGCGAAAGGGUGUUCCGAUGAGUCAUCCUGAUGGGGACACUGCUCUGAAGGACAACUGUGUCUCCAUGGAAAACUUCAAAAUAUAUGUUAAACAUUCUUGAAAGCAUAUGGUGGAAAUCAUUUAAUAAAACAAGACUUUAAUGUUUCUCUGUCCAAGAUGCUAGGUUGACAAGAGGUUACAGUGUUCACAAAUUAUAUUUUUAUGGACUAAUGAACCUUUGUUUUAUGUACCACAUGUUUAUUUGUGGCUAUGAGGCAACCCUAACAGACCAUUGUCAGGACACUAAACAGUAGUAUGGUGUCCAAACAUAAAACAAAAAAGUUUAACAUACAAAUACUUCUCAAUAUUCCUGUUACAGUAUUUCCAUAGAGUUUUUUUUUUUUUUUUUUUCAUCUUUUUUUUUUCAUACUUCCAUGGAUAUCUUGUUUGUGUUCCUGGACAAUGUUUCCCUAAAGAUCUUGUUUGUGUUCCUGGACAAUUUUUCCCUAAAGAUCUUGUUUGUGUUCCUGGACAAUGUUUCCCUAAAGAUCAUGUUUGUGUUCCUGGACAAUGUUUCCCUAAAGAUCUUGUUUGUGUUCCUGGACAAUGUUUCCCUAAAGAUCUUGUUUGUGUUCCUGGACAAUGUUUCCCUAAAGAUCUUGUUUGUGUUCCUGGACAAUGUUUCCCUAAAGAUCAUGUUUGUGUUCCUGGACAAUGUUUCCCUAAAGAUCUUGUUUGUGUUCCUGGACAAUGUUCCAUGGAUACCUUGCUUGUGUUCCUCGCCAUUUCCAUGAAGGUCUUGUUUUUGUUUCAUGGACAAUGCUUCCAUGGAAAUUUUGUUGUUGUGUUCCUGGACAAUGUUUCCAUGGAGAUUUCCUUUAUUUCCUGGACACAGUUUCCAAGGAGCUGUUUUUUUUUUUUUCGUGGACAAAGUUUCCAAGGAGAUGUUGUUUUUAGUUCACCUGGCCCAAAGGGCCAAUGAGCUUAGGCCAUGGUGCAUCGUCAGUCUGUCUGUCCGGCCUUGUCCAGUUGUCAGGCUGCAGUCCAUCUUCUGCCCUCCUUCAACAUUUGCUUUAAAUCACAACUAGUCAUAAAAUACUGAAUUGGUUUUAAAUGGUCAGAAAGAUACUUGGCGGAAGGGGAACAGCUUUUGCAUAAAUGAUGACUCUGACCCCCUCAGGUUAGAGGGACGGGGCCCACUAGGGGAAAUUGAGGUAAAUCCCUACUAGUUCUAAAUGCCUAAAUGAAUUCUGAUGAAAUUUAGUCUGAAGCGUUAUUGGGCAAAGGAGAUCUAAUGUUGUAUAAAUGGAAAGUAUGGGUUACCUGAGGCUGGAGAGUGGUGGCAUGAUAGGGGAAAUGUUGCAAAAUAGGGAAAAAAAAAAAAAAAAAAAAUUUAAACCAUAGUUGGAAGAUACAGCAAAAAAGUUAGAAACGUAUUGUAAUGUAACUUAAAGUAUUUUUGCCAUAAUUUCUGAAAUUUCCAGGUGAGUGAUGUAGCCCUCUGGACCUCUUUUUAUUUGAAGGGCAUUUGUAUUUGCAUCUUGUUUAUGUUUCCAAAUGAUGCUGUUAAGGGGAACACAUUUAACUAAAAUCUUGACAGGAGAUUAUAUAAGUCACUGAUUACUGGUCUUUUUAUUUGAUUAUCUAUUUUAAUAUUUCCAAUGUCAUCUACAAAGAAAUAUACAGAAUGUCA